CACCCGACGACGGCGCACCGUCGCUCCCCUCCCCCACCCGACGCCGGCGCAGCCUCCAUCCGCCGCCCCCUCCCGCGCCCCUUCCCCGUCCGCUGCCCAGCCGGCGCCCCCACCCGCCGCCUCCCGACGCCGGCCGUGCCCUACCUUCCUCCUCUCCGAUCUUGAAAGCAUCCUCUAUGUCAUCAUAUGCCAUAUCCCUCCCAGGGGCUGUAACCAAUCAUGCACCAGCUAGGAGAUUUGGAGGUUCACAAUUUCAGACAUCUCAAGCUGUCUGCAUCUCAUUUAAAAGGGAAGUGUCUGCUAAAGCAGUGUUAAGACAAAGCAUAAGAUGCAAUGCUACUCAGACCCAAAGUGCUCAGCGGAAGUCCUCAACUGCAACUGUUAAACGAUCCGACCCCAAAGGAAAAACUCAAGCGCCUAAAUUGGAUGAUGGGAGUGGUGGGUUCCCUCCAUUCCGUUUCGGCAAAGGUGGUGGCGGCGGCGGAGGUGGUGGAGGCGGCAGCAACUACUUCGGUGGAUUUCUUCUCUUCACCUGUGUGUUGCUCCUAGAUUACCUGAAGGAGUUUGAGAGAAACCUGUCUGCUCGAAGGCAACGCGCUGGAGAUGAUGCAAGCAAUGAAAUGCUCCAACAAUAACUAUUACUCGUGAACACAGCUCCCAAAUACUGCCGUAGAGUUGCAUCACUGACUCUAGUCGGUGAAAUGCUCUCAAAGACUGGUUGUGUACUGGAAAAAGUGAAUCUAGUACUCUAGUCGGUGUGAAAUGCUUGGAAUGUUGAGAGGUGACCCUUUUUUGAACGUUUUUCACUUGUUUUUUUUUUUUCUGUUUGGAAUUGGUUCACGGUUGGUCAAAUAACUCAAAGAUAGUGUAGCAAAUGUUGGAAAUUUGCCAGUCAUCUGCUGAUGAGAACUCGUGCAACCUGGUUGUGUACUGGAAAAAGUGAAUCUAGUACUCUAGUCGGUGUCAAAUGCUUGGGAAUGUUGAAAGGUGACCCCCUUUAUGAACGUUUUUUUUCACUUGUUUU